UACAGAUAUCGUAUGGACUAAAUCUCGUUGAUAACAAGUUUUCAAGAUUGUCUAUGACGAGUGAAGAGACCUUCGUAUAGUUAUGCGUCACGUGAAUUUAUUUGUUCAAAUGAAGUGGAUUUGAUGUUUAUUUUAUUAGCCACUGCUUGGUCUAUUGCAUUCAAUCAGCAUAUUUAAAUUAAUAAUUUUUCUCGUAAUACUUUUUUUAUUUUCUACAGUUAUGAAACGUUUAAUAAUUUGCUAACAAAACAAGCGUUUACAAAACAAUUGCAAGAACGAGUAAGAAAGCAUAGAGAAAAUGAAUGAUCAUUUAUCUUCUAUAAGAGCUCACCAUGGACUCAUAUUGGCAGCGGUUUUCGUAUAAUGGAUCAUAUGCUAAAAUAUGGUGAAAAAUGCGAUAAAGAGAAAGUAAAUUCCAGUUGAAUGGUUUAGAAAAUGAAAUAUUAAUCUUUUCUGUUUCGCUGUUUGGACCAAAUUUAUUGUGAUCUUCUGAAGAAAAGAAAUCUUUGCUAUAUCUACUAAAUGAUAAUGACAGUGAUGCUGAUAUUGGUAUAACGUCUACAUCAGAACCUUCUUCUUACGAAAAGAUAUCUUUGCCAUCUCCCAUGAGUGACAACGACUAUGAUGACAUUGACCAAACUCCUUCUACAGCAGUACUUGAUGAAGCUUUCAGUCCCAACACGAGUGACUUUAAAAAUACGUUUUUAACCAAAGAUUGCAAAUUUGAAGAUUGGGUGCAUGAAAAAUUGAAAAGUUUUUCUUGGCGUUGUUGCAAAUAUGGCAUAGCCUAUCCGAACAAAGACAUGCCUUAUCUUCAUUUGUACCUCGAAGUGGACAAAGAAAUGAGACAAAAGAAUGUUUUGAAACAAGAAAUCAAUAAGAUAUUUAAUGGCAAUGCUUCAGAAUACAUUGAAUUACGUUUUGUCGGCUCAUCAGACGAAAUAAUAAUUCGACCACUAUCCAACAUGGUUCACUCAAAGCGCGACGAUGAGCCUAAUGAAGAAUCCCGUGGCACGUUGACUCUGUUCAGCUGUAAAGAUGGAAAACAUUACGCGUUGACUUGUCUUCAUGUUGGAUAUGGAACAGUUCCGAAAGGUGCCGAUCAAUUCUUUUACAUUCGAGACAAAAUUAAAAAUGAUAAAUUGGCAUUUGAGAAAUUUCUACAAAAAAACAAGUACUCUUAUACUCAUAAAAACAGCAUAAAAAUACCUCUUGUCGAGCUAUUUCAUUACUCAUUUGAUCUUGAAACCGACAUCAUGGCAAUCUUAAUUGAUGACAAAGAAAGUGAAUUUACUGCGGCUGAAAUAGAGAUGCCGAGUUCUUUUGAUGCUGUCUUUGAUAAUUUGUUAUCAAAGGCAAAUGAAAAAGUUUAUAAAGUUGACGACGAGUUUGGCUUGAACGUCAUUGCUGACCUCAGUCGUAGCGUUUUUGACAACAACAACAAAAUAGUGUUUCGUGACGUAGUGGCGGUAAAGAGUGAUAAGGAAUUCCUUCGGCCUGGAGAGUCUGGUUGCCUAGUGUAUUAUUAUGAUGAGAACAACAAAAAGAUACCAUUUGCGUAUGGAGUUGCUGCAGUGACCAAGAAAAACGAGACGUAUUACGUUUGCAUGAGAUUAAAAGAUGGUUUAGAAAAUUUGGGGCUUCUCGAAAAUGUCUCCUUCAAAGACUUUUCAGUAGAAAAUAAAAGAGUAAAAGGAAGGAAAAACAAAGAAAACCCAAGUCAUGACGUAUUUUUGAAAGAUGGAUUGGAUAUGGAAGAGGACGAAGAUGUUGCUCAAAGUCUAAAGCUGGAUUCUUUCCAUAAAUCAUCAAUACAAAGCAGCGCGGGUGGUUUUGUGUGGAAGGUUGGUGACAUGGAUAGGUUUCGUCGUUUUUUGGUGUUGGGAAGCGAUAAAGGCACUUUCUACAUUGACGAAAGAACGUUAGGCUUAGAAAAUGCGACAGUCGUCGUGAAUCUUUUGGAAGCAGGAAAGGGUGUUGAAGUUGUCAAUGAAAUAGAGAAGUAUAGCAUUGAAGGACGAACACUGAGGCAGCAAGCCAUCAUGUUUUCUCUUGCUCUUUGUGCCCGGAAAGGAGAUCUUGCCACGAAAAGACAAGCAUACGAUGCUUUACCCAAGGUCUGUCGAAUUCCGACGCAUUUGUUUAUGUUUAUUGAGUUCUGCAAGUUGUUCAGUCAGCCUGGCAAAGGUUGGGGUCGUGCCCAUAGGAAUGCCAUAAAACGAUGGUACAAAGAAAAAGAUCCAUGGAAACUGGCGAUGGAUCUCACCAAAUAUCAUAAGCGUGAAGGAUGGUCACAUCGGGAUGUUGCAAGGUUAAUGCAUCUCAAGCCAGAAGGAACUGAUGUUUCUGAUGAGCUGUUUGUGAUAAUGAAGUAUGCUGUUUGUGGUUGGCAGAAGCUUUUUGAAUAUUUCUUUCCUGAAGAUAGGACAGUUCUACGUCUUUCAAUUGGAGAAAAUGGCAAAGCAAUGUUGGUGUUUUUUAAGGCAGUUGAAAAUUUAAAAUCAUUGCAAGAGGAGGCAAGAGUAGUUGAACUGAUAAAUCAACAUGAUCUCGUUCGAGAACAUAUUCCAACACAUUGGCUUAAUUCUAAAGAGGUUUGGAGGGCUCUUGCUCAAAAAAUGCCAAUGACUGCAAUGCUUCAAAAUCUUGGCAAAAUGACAAUAGUUGAACUACUAGACGAGCAGUUGGCAUUGUCCCGUAUAUGUGAGAAGUUACUCAAUGAAGAGCAGUUGAAGAGAGCUCGUAUUCAUCCAUUCAAUGUUUUGGUUGCACUAAAAACCUACAUGGAUGGUCAUGGUGAUAGGGGAAGACUGACAUGGAACCCAAAUGAAGCUAUUGUUAAUGCAUUGGAAGAAGCUUUUUACUUAUCAUUUAAGUUAAUUCAGCCAACAAACAAGAGAUACAUGUUGGCAUUGGAUGUCAGUGGUUCUAUGUCUUAUUCUGGUUGUGCUGGUACGCCAUGUUUAGCGCCAUGUGUGGCUGCUGCAGCAAUGUCCAUGGUUACAGCUCGGACCGAAAGCAAACAUCUGUUUGUUGCUUUCUCUUAUAAAAUAGUUCCAUUAAUGAUCAGCAGUGACAUGACAUUAGAUGAGGUGCUAGAACUUAUGGAAUUGAUACCAAAUGGAGGAACAGAUUGUGCUCAACCAAUGUUGUAUGCAAUUAAGAACAAUCUAGAGGUGGAUGUUUUUAUCGUUUAUACUGACAGUGAAACAAAAGCUGGGUUCAUCCACCCAAGCGAGGCCUUGAAAAGGUAUCGUCAGCUUUCUGGUAUUCAAGCCAAACUCAUAGUUGUUGCUAUGACUUCAAAUGGUUUCACAAUUGCUGACCCAGAAGAUAUUGGAAUGCUGGAUAUUGUUGGCUUUGACUUAGCUGCACCACAAGUGAUGAGAGAGUUUAUCUCGCGCUAAUAGAACAGCAAAUGAUUUCUUCACAGAUAUUUUUGUGGAAAUGUACAAUGAAUACAAUCUUACAAUGUCUGAACAAUUUUGCUUGUCCUAAAGAAUACAUGAAAUGUUUUAUCUAUUUAAUGGUAUUUGAUACAUAAGUAAUAUGCAAUGUGACAUUGCUUCAUGUGAACAUGCAGUGAACUAUAGUUGUGCUGUUGAAAAGUGCACCAGAUCAAAGACUUCAACAUUUUAUAGUAUGUUUUAGUUAAGUGCUUCACUGAUAUUGAUAUUGGAACAUCGGUAUCGACGUAUAGACUCUAAAAUAGAAUUAUUGGUAUCGGUAUUUUUCUUGCGCACAAUACCGAUAUUUAGACAUUUGAUUGAAAAAGAAAUACAAUCAAAAUGAAUCACAGUUUAACAAUACUAAAUAUAUUACCUUUAACAAUUUUUGUUAAAUUAAUACUACUUAAAUUUGUUAGUUCUACAUGAUAUUAACUUCCAUUGA